AUCGGACAAAUCGUGUCCAGCAUUACGGCUUCCCUUCGCUUCGAUGGCGCCCUUAAUGUCGAUUUGACUGAAUUCCAGACCAAUUUGGUUCCCUAUCCGCGCAUUCACUUCCCACUCGUCACUUACGCGCCCGUCAUCUCCGCCGAGAAGGCAUAUCACGAGCAGUUGACUGUCUCUGAGAUUACUAACUCCUGCUUUGAGCCGGCGAACCAGAUGGUCAAGUGUGACCCUCGACACGGCAAGUAUAUGGCCUGUUGUCUGCUCUACAGAGGAGAUGUCGUCCCCAAAGACGUGAACGCAGCCAUCGCUGCCAUUAAGACCAAACGCAGCAUUCAGUUCGUCGACUGGUGUCCCACAGGUUUCAAAGUGGGCAUCAACUACCAGCCCCCGACCGUUGUCCCGGGCGGAGACUUGGCUAAAGUGCAGCGCGCCGUCUGUAUGCUG